AUCUGACAAGUAAAAUGACAAUUUUGGAAUAAAACGUAAAAAAUACAAGAACAUCCUUUCAGAAUCUAAAUAAUAUGUGAAAAUUACAGAUUUCAUUGAAAAUCUACCCCAUACUAAAAGCUCCCAUGUAGGGGGGACAAAGCAAGAAUAAAUUAAUCUUAUGAGGAACUCAUCUCGAGUUCCUCAUAAGAUAAGGACUUUACCGUAAAUCUGGACAAUCCCGUGUGACUAAAGGUAUUUAGUAAUAAUGCGUUCUUAAGUACUUGUACCAACGGCCAACUAUUCAUACAACAUAAUUACUUCAAGCGUAGGUAUAUGUUAUCUUAAAAUACUAUUCGUUUUUAAUUUACAGAAAUUUGAUCACCUAAGUUAUUUGAUUGAGCUAUGAGGACCUUCAAACAAGAAACUAAACCUAUAACUCUUAAAUUAACGCAUACUAAGAAUUUUUAUAGUAAAGAAGUGAAUGAAUUAAAAAAAACGAUGACACCGCUUUUUAUAUGUGAAUGCGGGAUCUGAGGCGUUCAGUGCCUACGUUGGCUGAUCCCUGCAACUGUAAGCCCUGUAAUUGCGAGCAGUGCACUAUGUUUGCCAAAAACUACGAUUGCAAAAGCAUUGAACAUCGCUUGCAAUGCGAAAAUAAAUCACACGAUGAUUUAAUAUUCAAUCAUCUUACUAAAUCUAUCAUUUAUGACGGAGAGAAUCCAGCAACCAUAACUCUUUUUGGAGAUGUCGGACAUUCAGACAACCAGUAUUCCCCUUGCUCAUGUACUAACUGCAUACAGCAUUGCCUUAGUUUACCGCUAGUGAACCAAACACCUGCUGUCAAACCUGGAAUUAAAAUGUUGAAUAGUCCGCACAAGUGUUGCUUAAGCAACUCCUGCAGUCUUAGAUGCGUAUCCGGUGGUGAUAUGGUCGGAAAACCAACCGAGGAAUAUCAUAACUUUUACACCUCUAUAGUAGAAAACCAUCAAGUGAUACCACAGAAUGUGGAUUUUACGGACUCUGCAGUAUGCAAGUGUUCGUUUUGUGAGUGUUCGUCAUGUCCUUAUCGAGAGCAAGCCGGAAAUCAGGAAAGUUGUAAAACUAUUAGUCUUUUAAAAAAAUAUAUUGAAGAUGAGUGGAAACGAAAGUUAAGAAGUAGAACUCAAGAUUAUAAUUAUGACUACGGGCUUCAUGGAGGUUGUCCAAAAAGUACAAUCAGCAAAGUUGGUGUCAUUAAAAGUUCAGAAAAUUGUAGUAGGUGUAUAUCAGACCCUAAUGCACGCGCGAGACCUUGUCAUUGCUCUAUAAAAGAAAUGCUAAAUAAUCUAUACGAGCACGAAAUUGAAAUUGAUGGACGUGAUAAUAAAUUACUGAACGAACAACUCUAUAAAAAUAAUUAUGUAAGUACAGUAGCAAAUGUUGAAACUAAUACUGAAUAUAUCACAACCGACAAAAGUACUGAAACUGACAAUCAGCGGUGCUUAGAAAAUAAAGUAAAAAAUUAUGAAUAUACAUUAAAAAUUGAUAUUACUGCACCCGAUCUUGGUAAUAUAUCUAGGUAUGGUACUAAACAAAAGAUAAAGAAAAUAUCUAAAAACAAAAUAAAGGAACAGACGCAGAAAGUGAUGAAUGAUAUUAUAAACGAUAUUUCAAGAAAUUCUCAAAUGGAACAAACAAACCAAACGUCAUUUACGGACCUUAAAAAUCAUAAGGUGGAUGAUUUUAUAAUUGGCUGCAUUACCCCAAUUCAUAAUGGCAUAGGCCAUAGUAUUGUAAAAGUUGCAGGAGUAAGCGAGUCUGAAUUACCGUCCAAAGAUGGCUCCUUUCUGUUUCAGAAUGAAACAUUCAGUCCAACAUCACCAGAAGAAAUCUCAAAGACCGUCUCAAUAAUAGAUUCGGAAAUGGGAAGUUAUUUGGAUGAGCUCAGAGUCCAAGAACCGUGCGCUAGAAGAGUGUCACAUCAUACAGUUAGUCUCAAGUGGAAGCUGCCCAAAGCAAUCGAAGGAAUAAUGGGAUACGAAAUACUGGUGGACGGCAAAUCUAUUGAGAGGAUAGGUAAUCCAAGGCGUUGCAUGGCGGUAAUCAGCUGCCUCCCUCCCGUCCAGCGACUUCUGAUCACCAUCCGGACCAUCACCAAAACCGCAGAUCAAGGGUUCCUCCCUUGCACCACUAUCGGAUAUCACCCACGUGAUAAUAAAUUUAUAUGCGUUUAAAAGUUAACUGCUAAUUAUGACACUAUUUAUUUUCCGAAUCUCUUAUGUUAGAAUAGAAGCGGUUGUUACAUUUACCGUUACACCGCACCGAUCUGUGCUUCGAAAAUUUAUGAAGAACGAAAACGUAUCGUCACUCACAGGGGUUAUUACGAACGGAUAGACUUACGAUAGGAUCAAACUGCGGUAGUAGUUGCAACGGUAAAUGAAAUUACCGCUUAAGUCAAGCCCUUUCUUACCUUAAUUAUUUAAAAUUUGUAUACUUGUCUUAAAUUUACAUAAAAUAGUUAAAACUUGUCUUAUUAUUAUGUCAGUGAAAAAUAAAGUUAAAAUUGAACUGUAACAA